AUGGGACUUGGCAGGAGCAAACACAAACCCGAGAAAGGUGAAAAGCAAAAAAAGGGGCACGACUAUCUAGGCCAAAAGUCUAAGGAAAAGUCGGUGGACAGGCAGUCCCAGGACUCUGAGAAGCCUCUAGACACUACGCCGGCCGAGGGCUGCUCUCGGGAGAAAGGGGCAGCCGCGCAGCCGUGCUCGGCAGCUGGAGUCAAAGAAAAACCUGAGGCGCAGGUCAAGCCGAUCCAGGAGAAAGCUGUCCUCCCGCAGAUCAUCAUCACCAGGGCCUCGAGCGAGGCCUUCAGUGACGGCAGCAUCGGCACCGUGGAGCAGAGGACCAUUCAGGAGCAGCCGGAGCGGGGACCCUAUGCCCGGCACAGGAACCCCAGCACUGUAGACGCCUACGCCUUGCACAGCGACAAAUGA